GUCCUGGGAGUUCCGCGAAGUCGCGGUGGAAAUCGGAAAAGUGUUGUUCAGCCACGAGUCCAGGAUUCUCACCCCCGGCGGUGGUGCUGUCUCGCCCGGAGGCACUCAGCCUCCUGCGAGCCCACCAACCGGACAUUAUUCUCAACACAGUCCGCCGCUUAUCAAGAUUGGAUCAGUUCACCAACCAGGAACGCAGGUUCGAUCGACAUCUCCGGGAUCCCAAAACCCAGUGGCAGGUUCAGGGGCAACCACGGGGGGCCCAAGUGCGGCCCCUGGUGUCACCAGAGCGGGGGGCAUGUUCUGCUACCACUGUCCCCCGGGGCUGCCGGCACCAAGACUACCGCCCACAUUGGAAUAUUCUUUUGCACCUACCCAUCCUUACACAAGUUACUCUGCCUACCACCCAGCACUGCAUGGCGUGGGCGAGGAUUCGUUUGUCCGACGGAAGCAGAGAAGAAACCGGACAACCUUCACGCUCCAGCAGCUGGAAGAGCUGGAGUCUGCGUUCGCCCAGACCCACUACCCAGACGUGUUCACACGUGAAGACCUGGCGAUGAAGAUAAACUUAACGGAGGCUCGUGUACAGGUUUGGUUCCAAAACCGGCGAGCAAAAUGGCGUAAGAGUGAAAGGCUGAAAGAAGAGCAGCGAAAGCGUGACGGAGUGCUGCCCCCUGGCGGCGGAACUGGAGCGAGUGGCGGAGGAGCGACGCCAGAAGCGGGUCUGCCGCCAUCUUCCUCUAGCGGGCAAAGUCCGACGAGUCCUCACGGGGACCCGAUGGAAACGAACGACGAGGAACCUGGACAAGACUGUGGUGGAGGCUCUCGAAGUCCCAGUACGACUUCUGCCUCAGUUAGCCCGCGACCGCAGCAGUCUCAGAGCCAGCCUUCACUCGGUAGUUCAGCGACGCCACCGACGACGCCGAUGAGGGCGCCACUCUCUAGUUCCGUCAGCGGGUCUCUGGUCCCACCCACGGAAAGCUCUACCGCAGGAUUCAGGCCCCUGGAGCCUCCAACAUCUCUAUUCUUCUCCCCGCACCUGGCGGCCCAAUUCUCGCCGCCUUUAUUCGGAAGCAGCAAAAUAAUCGGCUCGACGGCAUCGACAUCCUUGACAUCAGCGACCCCGUCUCUGUGGACCACCAGCGACCAUCGUCCCAGCAGCCUCCAAGAAAUGCUGUCCUGGACAACGCCAUCAGGCUGGCCCGGGUCUCUCUGUGGUUGCUGUAAGCCCGGGUCCGGUGAUCUUCAUCGGAGCAGCAGUUUAGCAGAAUUGCGGCGAAAAGCCCAAGAACACAGCACAGCAACGGCUUUGUUAGGAGGAUUGGCCGGGUUUCCCGGAGGGCUGCCGCUGCCUCUUCACUUGCCUCUUCUUCCGCCGCUCCUGGGACUGUCAAGACGACCUGAUCAUCAUCAUCAUCACUUGUCGAGCGUCGUUCAUCAAAUCCAGCCUGCUACCAAAGAAGAUCCUUAGAAUCCAGAACUGAAUUGGUCGUUUUUAAUUUUGGUAAUUAAGAUCGUCAUUCAUGAUGAUGGUGGUGAUUAUGAUGAUGAUGAUUGUUAAGAGGGUGAAAAAUCAGGACCAAAUGCCUGUGCCUGAUGAUGUACUAUGUACUAGGACUAUAAUUUACUAGGACUCUAGUGUUAGUAGAAGUGAGAUUGAAUCUGUCUGACGUCUAAAAUGUUGUCAAGUUGAUAUAUUAAUAAUUAUUUAGAUAAAUAUGUAGAAAGAUGGAUGUUUUUUUCAAUGAAAUCAAAGAAUGAACCGUUUUUAAUGUUAGACUACUCAAUUUAUCCCGUUUAUUUUGUAAAUAUGGCAUUUAAAAUUUUUCUACGGUUUCUUUAGUUUUUUUUUAU